AUGGCUGACAGUCUACAGGAUCAUCUUCAAUGUCCCACCUGUCUGGACGUCUUCAAAGAUCCUGUCAUGCUGCCGUGCAGUCACAACUUCUGCCAUGCGUGUCUGCAGCAGUGGAAAGAUAAAGGAGAACGAUUGUGUCCACUCUGUAGUGCAGAGUUUAGUUUGAUGGAUCCGCCUCCGAACUUGGCACUGAAGAAUCUGUGUGAGAACCUUUCACGUGCCUCAGUCAAGUCACAAGAUAUGUGCAGCUUGCACAAAGAGGAACUCAAACUCUUCUGUUUGGACCACCGAGAGCUUGUGUGCCUCGUCUGCAGAGACGCAGAAAUCCACGUUGGCCACAAGAUCCGGCCCCUCGAAGAAGUUGUGAAAGGACAUCAUGAGGAACUCCAGAAUGGCUUCCAAAACGCCAAGGAAAGACUCAAAGAUUACGAAGAGUGUAGAGAAAACUGCAAUGAACAGGCAGAGUACAUCAAAGUCCAGAGGCAGACGGUCGAACGCAAGAUUAAGAAGGAUUUUGAGGAGCUCCGUCGCUUCCUCGACAUUGAGGAGGAGGCCAGGUUGGCUGCGAUCAGAAAGGAGGAGGAGGAGAAGAGUCAGACCAUGAAGGAGAAGAUUGCGACUCUCAGCGGAAAAAUGGCCGCUCUCUUGGAUGUCAUCAGAAGCACUGAGGAGCAGCUGACGUCUGGCAAUGUUUCUUUCAUGAAGAACUUCAAGACUGCACUGAGCAGUAUCCAGGAGCUGCCUGAAAAGCCACAGCUGCUGGCAGGAGGAUUGCUGGAUGAAGCCAAACACGUGGGCAACAUCAAGUUCAAGGUGUGGGAGCAGAUGAAGGAGAUGCUCGCCUACAGUCCUGUCAUUCUGGACCCCAACACGGCUAGUCCAGAUAUCAGUCUGUCCGAAGAUCUGAGCAUUCUGUGUUGCGAAGAUGUACAGCUGGAGUGUCCAAAGAAUCCAGAGAGGUUCUGGUUGAAGUCUGUGCUGGGUGGUGCUUUGGACUCGGGAAAACACGUGUGGGACGUUGAGGUGGGAGACAACAAUAACUGGCAAGUGGGGAUCAUGUGGGUGGACCCUUUUUUGCCAGAUAAAAUGGGUGGUUGGUACACUGGAUUAUGGGAUGGAAAAUACAAAAAGCCCGAUGCCGCAUACGGAAAAUGGAAUCCGCCUGUCAAAGUGCAGACGAUCAGAAUUGAAGUGGACAUGAAUGAAAAGUCAUUGUCCUUCUCUGAACCUCUUGCAAACACCAAGUUGUGGAGUGCUCAGAAGCCCUCUGAUUGGCCAGACUUGUCCGGUAACAUCAAAAUGUAUCCUUACUUUCACACACGUAAAAAUUCUCUAAAGAUAAUGCCCAUUGCACCUUGUGUUACGACUCCGAUCAGUCGUCAUGUUAACACGGCUUGA